UAUCAAUAAAAAUAACAAAUUAAUUUUCUUCAAUAAACUUUUUUUCUAAAAAACAAAAGCAAAAAUGAUUUCAAGAAAAUUAUUCUUUUUUGCUAUGGUCACAUUAUUUUGUAUGAUCUUUAUAGAAUUAUCUCAAACCGCUCCAUUGAUUAAACGUCAAGUGGGUAAAGUUGCUUUCGCUGAUUUUGAAGGUAAAGUUACAGGCCGAUUCACCUGGACUAAUAUACCUGAAGAGAAAUGUCGAGUUAUUGGACAAUUUAAUACUGGUCUUGAUAGUCCGGAUAUUGGAGAUUACAAACUUUGUAUAGAAGAUGUUGAUGGUAAAGUCAUACAGGAUCUUACCGAUGAGUUUAGAAGGGAGGUCACAAUCAACCCACCUGGCAGUUCACCUUUUGAAGUAGAUUUCCCUUCAAUGACUGUUGAGGAUGUUGUUGGAGACAACCUUGUGCUUAAAUUUAAGGAAUAUAAAAUUGGCGAAGCCAAAAUUAAAAGUGUUUAAACUUAGAUUAUUAUUUUAUUUUAUUUUAUAAUAUUAUAGUGCUUAUUUGAAGUAUGUAAUUUAUUCCUUAAUUUAUCACAUUUUUUUUAUAAAC